AAGAGCAAGGAGAUGAAAGUGAAACAGAGCAGCUACUUGUGCAGUAAGAGCCGAAGGGGAUUAGUUAAAUUUCUGCGCCGUGGAAUUGGAUACAUAGAUACUUACAACUAAUCUUCAAUUCUGCACAAUCAAAUUAUAAUUUCAAGGCGCAAAUGUUCAGCAAAUCCCAGGUUCUUGCAUCUUGGUACUAUGAAUCUGAGGUUGUCUUUAGGCUUGAAUCCGUAUCUUUAUCCUCCUGCCCAUUUGUCUGCUGCUUGUUUUAGAGCCUACUGUUACUAUGCCCACCUAAAAUUUAAGAAAUCGAAUGUUUCUUGCUGUUCCAUUAUUCCGAAAACAUUUGAAGAUUUUAGUACAAGCAGCUGUUAUAAUGCCAUUGAGAAUUUUAAGUAUGACACCAAUACGAUGGAAAUGUCUUUUGAAUUAUAUAAUGACUUGAUAUGCACCUUUUGUAAAGAAGGGGAUGUUGAUGAUGCUAUGAAUGUUGUUUCGGAGAUGGAAGCUUUAGGCUUUCGUCCAAACUCCGUAACGUAUUCUUGCUUGGUAACUAGUCUUGCAAGUCAUGGCAGAACCUGCGAAGCUGAGGCAAUCUUUCAAGAAAUGUUACAAAUUGGGUUCAAGCCUAGACGUAAAUUGUGUAAUUUGUUACUUUCAAGUUUCUUGAGGAAAGGUCUUUUAGGACUGGCAUAUCAGCUUUUAUUGCAAAUGGAUUAUUUCAAUUUGAAGAAAAAUCGGGAAACAUACGAGAUCCUUCUUGAUUAUUAUGUUUCUGCGGGGCGGUUGGAAGAUACAUGGUCAGUCAUUGCUAUGAUGAAGCGCGAGGGUUUUCGCCUUGAUUCAUUUGUUUGUAGCAAGGUUAUUGGCCUUUAUAGGGACAAUGGGAUGUGGAACAAAGCUUUAGGUAUUGUGAGAGAGAUGAGAGAAAUUGGGUUAGUGCCUGAUAAGCGGAUUUAUAAUAGUAUUAUUGAUACAUUAGGGAAAUUUGGUGAGCUAGGAGAAGCUUUAGAAGUGUUUGAUAAAAUGCAACAAGAAGGAAUAAGUCCAGACAUCACGACAUGGAAUUCUUUGAUCCAGUGGCAUUGCAAGCAUGGCAAAGUUUCUAAUGCUCUCGAGUUGUUUACUAAAAUGCAGCAGCAAGGGCUAUAUCCUGAUGUAAAGAUCUUCGUCACAAUAAUAAGUUGUUUGGGGGAGCAGGGUAAAUGGGACGUUAUAAAGAAAAACUUUGAGAAACUGAAAGGUUGGGGACAUCAAAGAAGUGGAGCUGUAUAUGCAGUUCUAGUUGAUAUUUAUGGGCAGUAUGGUAGAUUUCAGGAUGCAGAAGAGUGUAUAAAUGCUUUAAGGUCCGAAGGUGUACAACUUUCGGCUAGCCUGUUUUGUGUGCUAGCAAAUGCCUAUGCACAACAGGGAUUAUGUAAGCAGACAGUUAAGGUUCUUAAGCUCAUGGAAGCAGAAGGAAUUGAACCGAACCUUAUCAUGCUAAACGUCUUGAUCAAUGCGUUUGCUAUUGCUCAAAGGCAUUUGGAGGCACUGUCAGUUUAUCAACAUAUCAAAGAAAGUGGUAUUAGUCCAGAUGUGGUUACCUUCACUACACUUAUGAAGGCAUUUAUAAGGUCAAAAAAGUUCGAUAAGGUACCUUUGAUAUAUAAAGAAAUGGAGUCAGCCGGAUGUACGCCAGAUAGGAAGGCUAGAGAAUUGCUGCAAACUGCAUUAAUGGUCAUUGAAAAACCGCAGAUCUAGGUUUUUGCUUCCCCGUGUGGCAAAUACGUGUGCAAUAUGAUGACGACUCGAUGUGAUAUGCCCCUCACAUUUUUGAUUCACUCAGGCUCUGGGUUGCUCCUACUUUGAACUAGGGUGAGAUUUAAAGUGUUACUGUUCAGGAAAACUAGCAUCUCGUUUGUAUUUUGUUAAAUCUGAAAAAUUAACUGAUAGAGUAAAUAUCUAUAUAUAUUUUUUAGAUGAUUAUUAUUCC